AUGAACCACCUGUACCAAGGGCUCACAGGCCUGCGAAACCUGGGCAACACGUGCUACAUGAACGCCGUUCUGCAGUGCCUCUGCAGCAUGUCGCCCCUUGUGGAGUAUUUCCUCUCGGGAAAGUAUAUAACAGCCCUGUGCAAGGAGAACGGCAAGUCCGCGACUGCCUUCGGCUAUCUGAUGUCUGACAUGUGGCUUGGAGAGUUUGACUGUGUUUCCCCAGAGGUUUUUCGUUCGGUCCUUGGGGAGCGGUACCCAGCGUUUACCAAGCGGACUCAGCAGGACGCGCAGGAGUUUCUGAUCUGCGUGCUGAACGAGCUCCACGAGGCUCUCAAGAAGUCAAGCAACAGAAGAUGCCAAGGAAGCGCAACUGGUGCAAGAGAAAACAGAGUGAUUGUCAGUGAAACAUCUAUUAUCACACAGUUAUUUGAGGGACAGCUCAGUUACAACAUUACAUGCCUGGAAUGCGAGACCACCACCGACAAACCCGAGAUCUUCACGGUUCUUUCUCUCCCCAUCCCCUCUGAGAGCACGUGCUCUCUGCAGGACUGUCUCAGAUGCUUCUUUCAGCAAGACACACUGACUUGGAACAACCAAAUCCAUUGUUCCUGGUGUGGGACAAAACAAGAUGCUGCAGUAAAGGCCAACAUAACGAAGGCACCAAAGAUAAUUAUUUUUCAUUUAAAGAGGUUUGACUGUCAAGGCAACUACAAAAAGAAGCUUUUAACUGACAUUUGCUAUCCACUCAGCAACUUGGACCUCUCUCCUUACAGUUACCCGUUCUUCCGCAGGAGCUCGAAGUACAGCUUGUGCGCUGUAGUGAACCACUUUGGAUUUCUGGAUGGUGGCCACUACACGGCGUUCUGCAAGCACUCGGUCACCAAGAGCUGGUACAGCUUUGACGAUUCACAGAUCACCGCGAUCCCAAACUCCUCAGUGCAGACUGCUGCAGCUUAUCUUCUGUUCUACACCUGCCAAGCCUUCUCUGCACCCACAAAAAGCCGCUAGCAGUGAAAGACUAACAGUGAGUAAGCCAGUGAUCCAAGUUCAUUAGCAGUGUUAACUCAGUCCUGUUUCACCAAUAAACAACAGCAUUUGCAUUACUGGAUAAUCUGUUGUGAUCUUUUAGGAAGUAAUUGCUAGCGUGAACUCUGGAGUUCCAGCUUCCAAGCUCCUUAAGGAACAUACACCAGUUCCCUUUGCCUAGCUCAGCAUUGAUGUUUUCCACGACAAAAUUCAUGCAUCCCUCAAAAAAAGAUAAACGCUGAGUAUAUAGAAGCACUUGAUACCUGAAAAAUCUUGUUUCUGUUAUUUAAAUUGUGUUGUUUUAAGCUCCCUUUCAGAACUGAGAGUAGGCUAAGGUGAAAGCACAUGACCAGACCACUGGGGCAUUUGUUUCAGAAAACAGCAGGGGAUGAAGCAAUAGCUAAACUAAAUACAGAAACAGAUGCUAUUAUACUAUUGUCAUUUUUGUCCCUCUAGCAUCUCAAACUCAUUCCCAGGUUGUAAGCUCCUGGAAAACAAUCAAACCUGCUCUUAAUUCCAUCAGCAAGAUACAUGUGUGUAGACAGAUUAAAAGCCUCAGACUAGGAUUUAAGAUUUAUGAAAGCCAUCCUAAUCAGGGAAGGCAAAACCAAUCCAAAUCCAGAUCAGAGAAAUGUGCGAGAUACAAUUAAAAUAUCUGUCUAAAAGUAGGUUAGUUUAGAAACCAAGUAUAUUUUUUUUCAUCUGAAGAAUUUCUGAACUUUGCGAACAUGAGUCAGACUGUCAUGUAGAAUCCUGACCAUUACACAAAGAGUAGCGAACAAAAACAAACCUGAAUGUACAUUUAAGAGGAUAUUAUAUUUUUAAAUCAUUUCUUCAUUAAGGUUUUCGAUGCAUGUGUACAUUAAAUUUUAUAUUAAAAAAUUAAAAAGGAAAGUCUUGUUUAUUUAGAAUAACUCUGAAGCAGACAAAUAUUGACAAAAGCGAACAGAAAAAUACAGCUCUGCUUUUUUAUUAAGUAGUGUUGCAGUUACUUAGAGCUGGCAAAUAAAAGCAAUCCUCUGAGUUUUAGAGAUUCUCACAAAAAGGACGACAUUUUAUUAUAUACAUAGUUCUGAUGUGCAAGUAUGCAAUCAAUAUGUACACUUACAUUCCUAACUGUUUACAUCGUUCUAGAGUAUUCACAGUAGAAUCAAGCUUAAGGUUAGAAAUGUGAAAAGGCCAUAACAGUGAAAGAAAAAAAAAAUCAAGAUAUGCCUUGGGAUUUUAAGACAUUUUAAACUACUUAUUAAUAGAUUUCAAAUGACUAGGUUAGAAUUUAAUUUUCGAGCAGGCUAAAAAUAUAGCUUUUUUUAAAUAAAUGGUAAUGCAAGUAUGCUUUUUAAAUGGUUUCACAGAUGGCGGUAUUACCACAAGCGUUAUUAAUCAGUCUUCUGAUUUAAGCAAUAGUACUGACCAGAAAGAGCUUGCUGCAGAGAAGCUGCUGCAACCAUCCCCAUGUUCUUUAAGUGACUAUAUGUUUGUCACAGUUUUGCAUAUUUAUAUGCAUUCCCAUAGCUAUUUUGCUCUUAUACCAAGAAAACCAGUUUUUUUUAACCCACACAGUUUUAUGUGGCCACAUCCACUGCUCGCUGUUCGUAAGAAGUGUAAAAGAGAAUAUAUGCAGCUGAGGAUUUCACAGAUGAUGCCGAGAUCUCAGACACUUCAUGGUCAUCAAACUUAAACCAACGUUGUUUUGCAGCAUUUUUGCAGUAGGCUGUAUAGUGCCCUCCGUCCAACCCGCCAUAAUGAUUCUGUAAAACA